AGUUUUAUUAAUGGGCUGGAUUAUAUGGUAGAGGUCUCCUCGAAAAGCAGUGUAUCGCCAUGGAAGCACUGUCGAGCUCCGCUUUGCAAAUUAAGAGGUUUUCAGAAAGGUCAUUGGAAAUUCAGGCUGAUAAAACCAGCAGGAAUAAUUUCGCUUUUGUGAGGAACUCUUACAGUUCCAAUAAAACCCAGGCGCUGCGACUUGUUUCUGCGCUCGCGCGGGAAGUGGCAGACGAUAGCAGCUUGGAUGGCGAUAAUGGCGUCGCGCGUUUGGUAUCAGAAGAAACUCUCUCUUUAUCUCUGGGUAAUUCAUCAGAUCUCCAACAAAUUAGUGUACCGGAUAUUAAUUUGAAGACACCUUCUCUUAUGGGAUCGCAUAGUACUACUAGUGGGGGAGGUACAAGAGCUGGACUUUUCAGGACACCUAUAUCUGGAGGGGUGCAAAGUGCCACCUCUGCUCACGGCUUACCGAGACCAGCCUUAGCUGUCAGGAAUUUGAUGGAACAGGCUAGAUUUGCCCACCUGUGUACUGUGAUGUCUCGAAUGCACCAUCACCGAGAAGGUUAUCCAUUUGGUUCACUCGUAGAUUUUGCGCCGGAUCCUAUGGGAUAUCCAAUAUUUUCGUUCUCCCCAUUGGCUAUACACACGAGGAACUUGCUAGGUCAUCCAAAAUGCACACUAGUUGUGCAGACACCUGGAUGGAGUGGCUUGUCAAAUGCACGGGUGACAAUCUUUGGCGACGUGUACCCCCUCCCAGAGGAUCAGCAGGAAUGGGCUCACAAACUAUACAUGGAGAAACACCUACAGGGACCUUCUCAGCAGUGGGGGAAUUUCUACUAUUUUCGGAUGCAAAACAUAAGUGAUAUAUAUUUUAUUGGAGGCUUUGGAACUGUUGCUUGGGUCGAUGUUAAAGAAUAUGAAGAUCUUAGACCAGAUAAAAUUGCUGUCGAUGGCGGUGAACAGAAUCUGAAGGAACUAAAUGCAAUCUUCUCAAAGCCCUUGAGAGAGCUUUUAUCCAAAGAAGCUGAGGUAGAUGAUGCGGCUUUCAUAUCAAUAGACAGUAAGGGGGUUGAUAUUCGUGUCCGACAAGGUGCCCAGUUCAACGUUCAAAGAAUCUCGUUCGAAGUCGGGCAGAGCGUCGAGACACUAGAGGAGGCGAAGACAGCACUUUGGAGGCUGAUGAACGGAGGCCGAAUGCACAAUCUGCAAAAAUGAUAGCAUUUAUCUCGCAAUCUAAGCGCACCUCGAAGAGCGACUGUGUGCAUUGAUAAACAUAGAAAAAUUGUUGCCUUUUUUUUCUGGUUUUUCUUCUAUUUUUGGCAGCCUGGUUGAUUGAGGGAAAAGGGUGAAGAAAAAAAAAGUCAAACUUAUUAUGCAUUUGCUUUUUUCAAAGAAAAGGUUUUUUCUCCCAA